GACCGGAAGUUUGGUCAGAUGCAACAUGGCGGCGGUGCAGAAUGGUCGUCUCUGAAGCGUCCUGAAGUAAACGGUUUUAUUUAAAGGUUAUCGCAGCAAACGCUGUUCACGGGGAAAGUUUGAUCGUAAACGCAUCAACAUGGGCUCUGAAUAAGAUUCACGGCUCUGUGUGACGAAGACGAUAUUUGGAGCGGCGGCAAGAAGAGGAAGCGCGAGCCCUGACUCAUCCUCCCAGCGGCGGCCAUGUCCCAGGGCGAGCAGACGUCGGAGACGGCACCGUUCUUCUCCGAUGACAGCGAGGCGGAGGAGCAGGGCGGCUCGGCGGCUCAGCGGCCUCCGCCGGAGGAGGAGUCACCCAGCGGGGUGUCCAAGGUGCGAGCGCUGCUCACCGUCUUCAUCCUCUGCUACAUCAACCUGCUCAACUACAUGGACCGCUUCACCGUGGCAGGUGUUCUCCCCGACAUCGAGCAGUAUUUCGGGAUUGAUGACGGGAAGUCCGGCCUACUCCAGACAGUUUUUAUCUGCAGUUACAUGUUCUUGGCGCCGGUCUUCGGUUACCUGGGCGACCGGUACAACAGGAAGUUGAUCAUGAGUGUUGGCAUCUCAUUCUGGGCUUUGGUGACUCUGGCCAGCUCCUACACCCCCAAAGAGCAUUUCUGGGUGCUGCUGCUGACGCGCGGCCUGGUCGGCGUCGGAGAGGCCAGUUACUCCACCAUCGCUCCCACCAUCAUCGCCGACCUCUACGUCAAGGAAAAGAGGACUUACAUGCUCUCCAUUUUCUAUUUUGCCAUCCCUGUCGGCAGCGGGCUCGGAUACAUCGUGGGCUCACAGGUCGGUAACCUAGCGAAGGACUGGCACUGGGCUCUGAGGGUCACGCCGGGGUUGGGCCUGAUCGCCGUGCUGCUGCUGCUUUUCGUCGUCAAGGAGCCUGAAAGAGGAGCGAUCGAAGCCCGACCGGAGCAUCACAUGCACCGGACCAGCUGGCUGGAAGACCUGCACGCCCUCAGCAAGAACUACAGCUUUGUGUUGUCGACCUUCGGCUUCACGGCGGUGGCGUUUGUCACCGGCUCGCUGGCUCUUUGGGCUCCAACGUUCCUCUUCAGAGCCGCCGUCUUCAACGGGGAGAGAGCUCCCUGUGUGGAGGGAAACUGUGCUGCCUCAGACAGUUUGAUUUUCGGGGCCAUCACCGUGGUUACGGGUCUGCUGGGCGUGACCAGCGGCGUGCUGAUCAGUCGGCAGCUGAGGACGAGGACGCCCCGAGCCGACCCACUGGUCUGUGCCACCGGUCUGCUCCUCUCCGCACCUUUCCUCUACCUCGCCAUCGUCUGCGCUCAGGCCAGCACCAACGCCACAUACGCCUUCAUCUUCCUCGGAGAAACCUUCCUGUCCAUGAACUGGGCCAUCGUGGCUGACAUGCUGCUGUACGUGGUCGUUCCAACGCGGCGCUCCACAGCUGAAGCUCUGCAGAUCGUCAUCAGUCAUCUCCUGGGAGACGCAGGGAGUCCAUACAUGAUAGGAGUGGUUUCAGACUCUCUGAGGAAGACGGACUCGUUCCUGUGGCAGUUCCGCUCUCUGCAGCUCUCUCUGCUGCUCUGCUCCUUCGUGGCUGUGAUUGGCGGAGGCUUCUUCCUCGCCACCGCCCUCUUCAUCGAAAGAGACCGCCAGCGGGCAGAGAACCACGCCUCCACAGAAGACGAGCCGAUCGUCGUACCGAAGAGCGGCCGGUCCACCAGAGUCCCGGUGUCCAGUGUCCUCAUCUGACGACCCACGCCUGUGCUUAUCAUAUUUAACGUUUUUAAGGACUGUGAACACCGACUGGACUAUCUGCCAUGCAGAAAAGUUUAUUUUUAAGCUCUUGAUAUGAUGCUUUUUUAUAAUUUUACCGUGCCCGGGGACACGACGCUGCCACCGUUUGUCUUGGGAGAAGUUUUUUGCCUGCAGGAGUUUGUUGGAAAGUUUUCAGAGCGGACGUGAUGUUGAGAGCUGCUCUGGGCGGUUAAAUCCGGAGCCAAACCGACCUGACCAUCUCUAAACCCAUGGACGUCUUUCUUACCUUCAGUGGGACUCUGAGUCUGCUGAUCUGGGAUCAGCCAGAGAUCCAGAGACAAAGUCAUUCAUAUCUUCUGUAACCACAGGCUGCGUUGGCCUCCCAGAGUUAUUUUAUAUACAGGAGAAGCUUUAUUAAUCAGUUUAUAACCCUGUGUUUGUAUAUGUGUCAAACCGUUUAAAUUGUAACACUAAUAUUCAUAAAGUCGUCCAUGAA